AUGUCAACAACUUCAGAUGUAAAACAUGAAAUUCCUGGUCAAUGGCUGAUUAGACCAUGUGAAGAAUAUAAUGACGAAUUAAAUUAUUGUCGCAGUUGGCGAGGUCGAUUGUAUCAACGAUAUAUGUUAGGUCAAAAAAAAGAUUGUACACCAAUAGCUGAAGCAUUACAUAGUUGUAUGUUUUGGUUACAACGAAAAGAUGUUCAAGAAUUAAAAAAAUUAAUAUCUUAUGAAGAAGAUCGUUUGAUUCGACGUAAAUUAUCAUCUGAAAAUAAUGAUGUAUGGCAAGUAAGAACUCAACCGCCAAGUGAUUGGAAUGCACCAUUACCAGAUUGGGCUCGUCAACGAGCAGAAUCAAUUGGAAAACAGAAACAAACAUAG